AAAUUCUGCUGUGGAAGAAAAAGACCUCCAUAAGGAUGAGAUUUCUACUAGCUGGCUGGCCGCUGUGGCCAAGCAGUUCUAGGCUCUUCAGUCUGGAACUGUGCUGCUGCUGGUUGCAGGUUCAAAUCCUGCCUCGGACAUGGAUGUGUGUGACAUCUUUAGCAGGGACAUGAAUCUGGCUGUGGCAUUCUUGGAAUGGUCACUUCACACCAAGAACUCUGGAGAUGAACUGCUGUUCCUGCUGAGACCAUUAUAUGAUUAAUGGAACUAGCAUAUGAAGGAGCAACUGCCCGCAUUUCUCCUACGUCUGGGAUGAUAUCGGCAUGUCAAAUUUCAGUGCAAAUGGACUGAAUGCUUGGAGGUUGACAAGGCGCGAGUCUCGUCUGUUUCCUCCAGAUUCACUGAAAUUUCAUUCGUUUGUUGUGGAAACUGGCUCGAAGCUGCGAUGUGGGAGGAAGGAUAGUCCACAGGCGAGGAAGGGUAGGCGGUCAGCUGGUGAAGAGUCGGCUGUCAGGCAGCUGACUUAUUGCUGCUGCCACAUCGAGAACAGUGACAUCACCUCUGCAGUGAAGUUCCGCUCGGGCAGCCCCACCUGCGUCCCGGACUGUGGCUGCUGCUUGGAAGAGACUUGUGACGAAACCGUAGGCUCGGCAGCUUUUGUGCCCGAAAAAGACCAUCAGGUGCGUCAGAUCCGUUGUGCCAUGAAAAGACGGGCGAGUAGUGAUCCGCGCCCUAGGAAGGUUGCGAAGGUGUCCGUUCGGCAAUUGGCUGUUACCAACAAACGGAAUUCUGUAAAUACAAAAGGAAUAACACAAUUACAGCCAUCAGUUAUUAAAGACAGUGAUGUGGCAAUUUCCAGUAACUCUCUUUCUUUCCAACCUCGUAACCAGAAGACAGGAAAGGGAAAACUUUCUACUGAACGGUUGUCUCCGUUCUGGAAGCCUUCUGUGCAACUCCGGCGACUUCCUGCCGAAAUCGUCAAGUGCUACUUGUCCAGACCGACUGUCGUGUUGUCGAGGUUACCUGAUAGCCUAUUUCAGUGCCAAGAGGUUUCUUCUAAAGAGCAGGCUCUUGUCACUGCAGCAAGUGCACCUGAAAAACGUUUGAACGCUGACUCCAAACUAAAAGACCAGGAAAGAAAGAAGCGGAAGAGGAAUGACCUUAGCAUCCUGGACCGAGUGAAGACUUGUAACACGGAAGCAGUUAAUGCCGACAGCAAUACAAAGUCUGCAAAGAGGGCGACUCCUUUGACUUCAGCAAAUAAAUCUAGACUACGUUCCAAGUCUGAAACAAAACCAGAAGAAUUGGAGAAGCAGAAAAAGAGUAGUAGUAGGAGUAACCUGAGGACAGCGGACAAUGACAAAGACUCUAGCACGAAGUCGGUCAGUGCUGGCGAUGAUACGAACUCACCUCAGAAGGGGGCUCCUGUGACUUCAGGAAGUGAAUCUCGAACACGAUCUAAGUCUGAACCAAGACCAGAAGACUUGGAAAAGCAAAAAAAGAGCAGCAGUGGCCUGAGGACAGUGGAUAAGGUCAAGAGUUCUAGUACAAACACGAUCCAUGCUGAUGUUAAUACGAAAUCGGCACAAAAGGUGGAGGUUCCUGCGAUUUCAGGACGUGAAUCUCGAACACGUUCCAAGUCUGACCUGAGACCAGAUGAGUUGGAAAAAAGAAAAAGGAGCAGCAGUGGCCUGAGGACAGAGGACAAAGUCAGGAGUCGUAGUGCAAACUCUGUCCACGCUGAUGUUAAUAUGAAUUCAGCGCAGAAGGUAGCUCGUCAGGCUGUAGCCAAUCAGAAUGCUCUGUCACCAGUAAGGAACCUGCGUUCCGAUUCUCCUAAAAUACCUGAAAGGAAAAUGUAUAGAAAUGCAGGAGAAGUAGUUAAUGCAGAGGCAAAAGAUGUCCGCUCUAAAUCUACCAGUGCUGGCACCCACAAAGCAGAGGAACAGACUAAACGGAAAAGGAGUAAAAGUGCAGAAGCAAUAUUUAAUGGAGCACAAAAGGAAAUUAAAUCAGAUUUGGCCAGUGUUGCUGCCGAUAAGUUGGAGGAACAGAUACAUUCUCCAGCUUCAGCAGGCACACCUCAAAAAGAUUCAGAGACUACACUAGAAGAGAAAUCUUUGAAAAGGAAAAGAGGAAGGCAAAGACGAGAUGAAACUGGCAGUGGACCUUCAGUGGAAAAGUCUGAGGACCAUAGACACGAUGAAGUUACUAGUAGAGAUAAAAAUGAUGCUGCCCUUGAGAUACAUUCUCCAGCUUUAGUAGACACACCUCACAAAGAUUCAGAGACUACACUAGAAGAGAAAUCUUUGAAAAGGAGAAGAGGAAGGCAAAGACGAGAUGAAACUGGCAGUGGACCUUCAGUGGAAAAGUCUGAGGACCAUAAACACGAUGGAGUUACUAGUGGAGAUAAAAAUGCUGCCCUUGAGCAGGCUCUUGUCACUGCAAUAAAUGUACCUGAAAAACUUUGCAAGACUCACUCAAAACCAGAAGAUCUGGAAAGAAAGAAGAAGACAGGGAAUGACCUGAGCACCAUGGACCGAGUCAAGCUUUGUAACAUGGAAGCAGUUAAUGCUGACAACAGUAAUAAGUCCUCAGAGGAGGUACCUACUACAACUUUAGCACGUGAAUCUGGACGACGUUCGAAUUCUGAAUCCAGACCAGAAGAAUUGGAAAACCAAAAAAAGAGUAGUAGUGACUUUCAGACAGUGGAAAAAAUCAAGAGUACUAGUACAGACUCAGUCAUUGCUCAUGUCAGUAGGAAGUCAGCACAAAAGGAAGCUACUAUGACUUCAGCAAGGGAAUCUAGAAGACGUUCCAAGUCUGGAUCGAGACCAGAUGACCUAGAAAGGAGAAAAAGGAGCAGCAGCGACCUGGGGACAGAGGACCAUGUCAAAAGUCCCAUUACAAAUUUGGUCCAUGCUGAUGGUGAUAGGACCUCACCACAGAAGGUGCAUUCCCAGCCAUCUCAAGAAUCUUCAGAGUCUACAUCAAAACUGGAGGAUGUGGGAAGAAGAAAGAGACAGAGUAGUGGCAAUAAAGCUGCCACUGCCACCGUGAUGAGUAGAGUGGAAGACAGUAUUAGAAGCAAAGUUCAUGCUGGAGAUAAGAAACACACACAGGAGGUGCAGCUCCAAGCUUCAUCUCAAGAGCAUCCAAAGUCUGAGUCAUUAAUGAAAACUCUGGAAAGGAGAAGAGAGAAAAUAAGGUACAGGAAGAUGCAGGCCUAUUGUGCAACAUGUAAAAUGGAACAUAACAACAAAGAUGCAGUCACUGGCGGUGACAAGAAAUCGUCACGUGCGCGGGCUCCUGCCACUUCGGUAAGCGUACGAGGAAAGCGUUUCAAGGCUGACCAAGUACCAGAAGACCUGGAAAGAAAGAAAAAGAGGAGGAACAACCAGAGCACCAUGGACCAAGCCAAGAGUCAUGAUACAGAAGAAGUUAAUGCUGACAGCAGUAAAAAGUCUACACAGGAGGAGGCGCCUGUGACUGCAGCAAAUAAAUCUAGACAUCGUUCCAAGUCUGAAACGAGACCAGAAGAACUGGAAAAGAGAACAAGGAGGAGCAGUGGCCUAAAGACAUCGGACAAGAAAAAGAGUUCUCCUGCAGAGUCUGUCAAUGCUGCUGAUAAUAGAAACUCAGCACAGAAGGAGGCUCCUGUGACUUCAGCAAAUAAUAAAUCUAGACAUCGUUCCAAGUCUGAAACGAGACCAGAAGAACUGGAAAAGAGAACAAGGAGCAGCAGUGACCUGAAGACAGUGGACAAGGAAAAGAGUUCUGCAGACUCUGUCAAUGCUGACGAUAAUAGAAACUUAGCACAGAAGGAGGCUCCUGUGACUGCAGCAAAUAAAUCUAGACAUCGUUCAAAGUCUGAAACGAGACCAGAAGAACUGGAAGAGAGAACAAGGAGCAGCAGUGGCCUAAAGACAAUGGACAAGGAAAAGAGUUCUCCUGCAGAUGAUAAUAGAAACUCAGCACAUAAGGAACCUCCUGUGACUUCGCCAAGGGAAUCUCGAAGACGUUCCAUGUCUGUACCGAGACCGGAAGGCCUGGGGAAGCGAAAGAGGAGCAGCAGUCGCCUUAGGACGGAGGGCAAAGUUAAGAGCCCUAGUACAAAAUCAGUCAUUGCUGAUGAUAGUAGGAAGUCAGCACAGAAGGAGACUCCUGUGACUUCAGUGAGGGAAUCUCGAAGACGUUCCAAGUCUGAACCGAGAGCAAAAGUCGUGGAAAAGAGAAAAAGGAGCAGCAGUGGCCUGAGGACAGAGGACAAAACCAGUAGUGCUAGUGGAAACUCGUUUAAUGCCAAUGUUAAUAGGACGCCAACACAGAAGGAGACUCCUGUGGCUUCAGCGAGUGAACCUCGAAGGCGUUCCAAGUCUGAACCACGUCUGGAGAAUAGUAAAGGGUGCAGCAAUGACCAGAUGACAGAGGAAAAAGUCAGGAGCCCUAGUAGAAACUCAGUUAAUGCUGAUAUUAAUAGAAAAUCAGCACAGAAGGAAACUUCUGUGACUUCCGGAAGUAAAUCUAGACGACGUUCCAAGUCUGAAUCGAGACCAGAAACUUUGGAAGGGAGAAAUAGACAGAGCAGUGUCUUGAUGACACUGCAAAAAGCCAAGAGCCCCAGUAGAGAUGUGGUCAAUGGUGAUGUCGUGAGGAAGUCUCCGCAGAAGGAGACCUCUGCAACUUCAGGAAGUGAAUCUAGACCACAUUCCAAGUCCGAAGUGAUACCAGAAGCUUUGGAAAGGAGAAAUACACAAAUCAGUGACUUGGCGACACCGGACAAAGUCAACAGCACUAGCAGAGACUUGGUCAAUGGCGACAUCAAUUGGAAGUCAGUGCAGGAGGAGACCUCUGCAAUUUCAGGACAUGACUCUAAACAAUAUUCAAAUUCUGACAUGAGACCAGAAGCUUUGGAAAGGAGAAGUACAUACAUCAGUGACCUGGCGAUACCAUACAAAGUCAAGAGCACUAGCGGAGACAUGGUUAAUGGUGACAUCAAUAGGAAGUCAGUGCAGAAGCAAUCUUCUGGCACUUCGACAAACAGCUCUCAAAUACAUUCAGAGUUGGAAUCGAGAGAGGAAAGACAGAAGAAAAGGGUGGAAAGGAGCAAUGAAUGUCAGGCACAAAUUACAGUGAUGAAUGGAGGUGAAGAAAAUUUUAGUAUUCCAGUUGUUGGUGCCAAUGAAAAUUCCACACAGGAGAUUCUUCCAAAAGCUGCAGCACAAGCUGACAUGAGUGUACUCUCUAACAACAAACAUCAUUAUCCAGAUCAAGCCUCCAAGUUGCUUAACAAAAUUCCGACCAAAUUGGAAAGAUUAAAGGCAAAAAUAUGCCAGAAUACCAGUGUGAAUAAGCUUCAAGAUGUUACCUCAAAUUUUCUAUAUGGUGGCGAUAGUAAUGUGAGGACAAGGCAAAAGAUGCUGGAAUCUUUAGCGCCAUCUCCAAGUUGCAGAUCAGUGAGGUCCAUGUUAUCAGAAUCUCGUACGUCACUGAAUUCCUUGUCAUCUGAAGGAACAGAAUUUGAGAGCCCCGCUUAUGAACCUCUUGGUUCAUCACCUAUCUUCAUGCAGAAUUUGAGGGAUGAACAUGAGGAGAUUCAGAAAACGAAGGUAAUUUCUCCGAGCUGUCGUUCGGACUGCUGCAGUUUAAGACAGCCACAGGAACUGACUUCUCCACCACUGAAGAUACAAAUGCAGAACAAGACUGCAGUUCGUCGUCUAUCAGACGUGUUUGAUGCUGUGCCAUCCACUUCCAAGGGAGCAGCUGCUCAUCGAAAAAUGGCAGAAGAGCAGAGGCUGAAAUGUUUGGUUGCAGCAGAGGAUGAUGGAAAUGUGGUUCCGUGCCACGAGGUGGAUGCUCCCUUUUAUGAAGAGUGGACGAAACGUGUAAGAGAAGCGGACCGGAAGGCAGAGGCUGGCUUUGCACCUAAAUAUUCCAAGAAAUACAAAGGCCGCCAAGAAACAUUUGAUGAGAUGCCAACUCCAAGUGACGAUGGGAAAGAAUUAAUUUUGUCACCGAAGCUCAGUUCUACUUCUCCCAUGAAUUGCAAACAGCACAAUGUUGCACCGAACAAACUAGCUCUGUUAGGUUGGAAAGAUUUGCACUCUCCAUCAAAUUGUGUCCCCAGCAACAAGUCCCCAGCAACAAGACCUCUCAACACAAGUGAUGGUGGAACCAAUGAUUCUGAGGAGGACUGCAUAAUUACUGAUGUUCGGCUUUGUAGUAGUCCUUCUAGUGUUCUCCACAAAACCCCACCAUUGGGUAUAAGGAAGAACUCCAGUACUAGUACAACAGUAACAGGACAAAGAAAUCUGGGUAAAUCGCUUACAGAUAUAAGACCAGAGCAGCAAAUAGGUGAAUCUAAUGAGUUAACAGUAGUUGGAGUCAACCGUACCUCUAGUGCGAGGAAAUGGCAGCAUUGUAAUAAGUCACAAUUUCAGAGCAGUGCCUUUAGUGCAUGCCAUUGUCGUUCCAAGCGCGUCCAGCGAAGAUGUCGUUCCGCUAGCCCAAGGCUGUGCAGUGUCAAUGAUUAUUACAGAACUGAGGAUGACGAUGACGAAGACGACGAUGACUACGACGAUGACAAGUAUGAUUUUGAUCCCGUCACACGUCUACAGCAGAUAAACAAGCAGAUAGAGCUUUUGGAGAACAGCACACCACAAGUGAAUCCGUUAUGGAGGCGUAAAACAAGGAAUCAUGCAUCACUUUUAGAAGGAAAUGGUGUGAAUAAGGUAAAGUCAGAUGGCUACCGAGAGGACAGUGAGGAUGAUGACAAAUCGGUCAUCAUUCUAGACGAGCGAAAUCCGUGCUUCAGUCCGAGGUCUCCGAGCUAUACACCCCCGGAUCUGAGAGCUAAGAGAUCGAGUCCUGAACAGUGUGGGUCUUUGACAGUUGAGAAUGUUGCUAAGCAUAACAAUUUCUUGAAGAAUAGUAUUUCUGGCCCAUCCUCAUCAUCGUCUUUGUCAAUGUGUGGCUUGAGUGAUUCAGACGACGAUGCGUCAGUCUGUUGCGUCUCGAGGGGUAUGGUGACGCCAAGGAAAGGACUGGACCGAGAGCCUUCCUUUACGGAGGCUUCUACACCCAGGACAAAUGGUGUUUCACCAUGCCUCUCUCCAACAACAAAGAGCAGAUCGAGGUGUUCGUCGCGGAAUGAGGAUAAUAGCAGGACAGAUUUGCCAACGUGCUCAGCUACAAAAACCCACACUGUCAUUGGACAGAGGAACGGUGCAGAAAUGAUACAUCUGUUUGCUUCCCCGGCAAGUUGUGUUACAGAUGAAGUUUCACCUGUUUUGAACAAGAGGAGGAAUCCACCAUUUAAAGGUAGUGUAAACAGUGCAAAACACAACGGACUGCUAGAUUCAGUCAGUAAAGACCCAGAAGUACCAUUGCGAGGACACAGUUAUCAGCUAGUCACUCCAUCUAUAUCAGCUGCUAGAAUGGCUACUGUUUUCUGCCACCGUACAGAUGGUGUGCAGGAAAUAAAAGACUGUUUGUCUGAAGAGAAUGACAUAAAUAGUAUGAAUGAAAAAGAGUCAGUCAGGAGAAAUCUGAAGACGCCAACAGAAUUGCCUGUUAGGAGGCUGUCGUCACUGUCUCCUAUGGAGACCUGCUACGGCCCUCCUUCUUCACCGGGCGAGCAGAGCAGUGAAUGUUCUAUGGAGAGGCGGCAUUCUGUAAGCAGUAUGGAGAAGUCCAUGUUAUUACAUUUAUUCGACGAAAUACGGGCAAUGCCACAAUUGGAGAAGGGUAUCGAGAGAGAUGAGGAAGAAGAUUCGGUGUCCGCUGGAAACGUCUCAAUCUGCGUCGAUGGCUCUCAGUCAUCUGGCGAGUCGGAUGAUUUGGAUGCCGAAUGCAGGGACACUGAUGCAGAGGUGGUGGCUGAAGGAUUUGGCUUGCAGAUAACUCGUGGUGAUUUAGCUACUUUAUCUGGGACGAACUGGCUGAAUGAUAAAAUUGUGAAUUUCUACUUGAAACUUUUAACAGAAAGAGGGAGACAGAAUAGGGAACCAGAAGUGUAUGCGUAUGACACAUUUUUCUUCCCAAAACUGAUUAAAUGUGGCUAUGAAAGUGUCAAGAAAUGGACUAGAGUGGUAGAUGUAUUCAAACAUGACAUUUUGAUAAUUCCGGUUCACCUGGGAACGCACUGGUGUAUGGCAGCUGUGGAUUUCCGAAAGCAGACACUUGUGUAUUACGACAGUAUGGGAGGAGAGAAUGAGUCAUGUCUGAAGACCAUAUGGAGUUACUUGAAUGAAGAAUGUGCACAGAGAUCAGUUGAGCCCCUAAGUGAAGAAAUAUGGCAAAUCCGGUGUGCGAAGGAUAUCCCGAAACAAAGCAACAACAGUGACUGUGGUGUCUUCAUGUGCAAGUAUGCAGAAUGCAUUACACGUGAUGCUAAGUUGGAGUUCUCCCAGAACGACAUGCCAGAGAUACGAAUGGAAAUGAUGGAAGAAAUACAAACAAUGACCCUACUUCACCCCUGAAUGUGUAAUUGCUGACAGCUUUUGCACACAGAAAUCAAGGAAAAUUUACCAUUUGAGGCAUCAUUGUCUCACACACUUCAGUUAACAUGGAAGAACUAUAAAAAAGUGCAUGCUUAGAAAUAAGAUAAUGAUCUUUUUAUUGGUAUUUUCUUUCUUUCUUAUUAAAAAUAUACAUGUGUUUUAUGUCAGUGCAAGGAAAGACAUUUUUUAGUCCUGUAGAGGAAUACCAUUGCGUUAAAUGCUAGCAGCUUUUUUAAAGAUUGCACUGAAAGUUCCGAUGUAAAUGAAGAAAAAUGGAACUGCAAAAACUGAUGUAUCUAUAUGUACAUAAGCACGGAAUUUAUUUUCAUAUGUUCCUAUAGGUCUACAACUUUGUAAAUUCAUUCAGAGGAGUGAGAUAUCAGUGUCAUUAUUGUUGAUGUUAUUAGUAUAUGUGUACAAG